GAGGUGCUGGAGGUGGGCUGUGGGUGCAGGGUGUGCUCUGUCUGUGGGUCUGCAGCCAACAGGUGCUGUGUUCAACAAGUCGCCUUGAGUGAGGAAUGGUUAAGGAGCAGAUCAUCUGCAGGAGAAAGCUCUGGGCCACUGAACACAGAGCGAUGGCUGCAUCCAACUGGCAUGGAUGCACUGCAGGCCUCCUGUUUCCGAGGAUGGAGUGGUAACAGCACUCCAAACAGCCUGCACAUCCUGAGCAACCCCAUGGACCCUGUGCACCCAUGCAGCCUUAGCACUCUGAGCACCUUGAAUACUCCGUGCAGCAGUGGGCAAUGUACACGUGUGUGUACCUGGCUGCAGGCGGGUGAGUGCUGCUUUGAUAUGAUGUAAAAUUGGGAGCAAUGCUGAUCUGGUGCUGCAGCUGAAAUGCCAUAAAUUUAACUGGGAAUUAAUAGGAUCUGUUGUGUGAGUCCAACGAGGCAGCUUUCAUCAAUAUGUAUGUCAAACACUCAGCACCAGAUAGCAGCAGGCUGUGAUUUGCAGUGAGUGCUGUGGCUGGGGUUUAGCGAUCCGGUCUCGUAUUUUACAAUAGGGGGAAAUAUUAACUGAAGUAUCUAGAGAUCAGUGAAUGUAAAAUUGCUGUUCACUUAUUGAAAAGGCUGAAGAAAUAUUUAUCGUCCACCCGUGUCAGGUUGUAGUGUUCCGCUGGUUGGAUGUAUAAAUCUGAGGGAAUUAAGGAAGGCAGUUUGGGGCAAGGAGGGACCCACAGUGCUGCCAGUCCUGUCAGAGCCCCUCUGGUCUCGGCCAGUGCUGGUGAGUGCCAAGUGGCUGCACCGGGAAGAGGGAGGUCACUGGCAGUGCUGGCAUCCUUUUUCCUUGAGCAGCUUGUUGGAUUCAAAUAUAAUAAUGGGGAAAAAUAACAUAAGAAACGCCUCUCAUAAUCAAAGGGAAAGCGGACAUAAUUUGGUACUGAAUUCUGAAUCAAGUGCAUCUGAUUAUUGCUGUUCUCAGGAGAUCAUGUCUGUGUCAAGUCAUUACGCCACAGAAAUUUUUUUGGAUUGUUAUUCGUAGCUGCCAUUAGAAUUCCAUAUGUUGUAAAUUGCAAUUCCUUAUUAUUUUGUUUUGUUCGGAAUAAAAAAUCAUUGACAUUGAGCAGAACAGUUAGCGUUGCAUCUGGACAAUAAGAUAAAAACUUGAAUUACAUUUGUGGAGGAAGAAAUGAAAAUGGAAGCAUUUCAGAGUGAAAUUCCCUCUGCUUUCUCUCAAUGAGAAGCAGUCAGAUCGGCCUGUGCAGCUCCCCAAAGGAAGAGCCACAUGGGUGCUACCAGGGGCUUGUCGCUGGAACUGGCCCUGUGUGCGAGCCCUAUUGGUAAUAAAUAAGGCAGAGAAAGGUUGUGAACUGGCAGCUCGGCUGUUUUGUUAAAGUACAAUGUCAGAGAAACUCUUUCUAAGACAAAUUGUAAAUAGAAGUGUCACAAUGAUUGCAUGAUUGAGCUGCAGAAGUGUCUUUCAAUUGUUGCAUUGUCAGAAGACUUUUGAAAGCUUAAUUAAAUGUAGUGGCUUGUAUGGCUGUGAAAUUUACUUCUGGGGAAAAAUGUAAAAAGUAUGGGGAUCGAGUUGUUGGAACACUGCUGGUGCGGGGCUGGAGAAGUGCCUGUGGUUUGUUGGCCUUCCCCAGUGCCUCCUGGAAAUAACACUUUUUGAGGACACAAACAUGUGAUGACACCAUUGUCCUUUGUACAAUGUAAAGCUUGUGUUUGUUUUCCUGUCCUCGUAGUUGUAGAUGGCUAAUGUAAAGAUGACUAUUGGAAACACAAAUACGAGUUCACUCAAAUGAGGCAGGGUAGAAAGUUUUCCUCUGCUUCAGCACAAUUGUUCCAGGGAAGUGGCAGAAGUGUUAAUACCUUCUAUAUCUCUUUUUUAUUUUGUUCCCUGUCAGUCAGAAAUAUGCUUUGCAUUCUUCCUCUUGUUACAUGUGAUAUUCAACAGUGAAGCUCUCCAUGGGCUGAAAUGUGUCUGUGGCCAGAGCGCUUAUGGCCACGGAGGCAGGAGGAAGGCUACGGGUGGUACAGGAUGCAUUGACAUCAUGUGCUGGGAGCUGGAGCAGGUUCAGCCCCAUGGAGCUGGUCUGAGCAGUGCUGCUGGAAAAUGAGGCAGGGACCUGAGGAGGGCUCAAUUAACCACCUUCUAAUUAGCGUGGUAAGAGAAAGUCUGUCUGAGACAUCUCCAUAUUUUUGUAAUGCCUCACUUAAAGUAAGGGCAUGCACACAGUUUGGUAUGUGCAACCCUCGGCACACAAGCUUGUUCUUUAUUUAAUUCAAACAAUGAAGACAAUUAAGGAUGCUUGAGAGGCAGUGUCAGGCAAUGGGAGCUCAGACUCCAGUUGUUUGCCUGUGUGGAUCCUCAUUACAGACAAUUUUUUGGACAGAAUUUCCUCCUAGCUUCAGCCCAUUUUUGUAUCCAGAGCAGCAGCCCUGCAGUAAAUGCUAUUUAGCACUGACCUGAACUGACACAGUGCCAUUCCUAGUGCAGGACCUGCUGGCCGAGUAGCACUGCUGUAUCUCGCUCCUUGGAGCUGCUCGGCAGGUCUUGGCUUUGUGUGGCCACUGCCAGGAUAUUGCAGGAUUUCAUCAACUAUGCUGAGCUCAGUAAGUUUUAGUGCAUCAAGACUUAUAUCUGUACAGGUAACGUGGCCCCACAAUUAGCUGGUUUGUUAUCUUGACCCUAGAAGCAUGCUGGGCCUGAUCUGCGUCCCAUUAGCAUCAAGUGCAGCAGGUUUGGGCCUAUCGGGGUUGAUAUCAGCACAUGUUCCAUUGUGACUUACUGCAUCCUUUAACAAACAGCAGGCUCAUUAAUGUACCCACAAAUGAUCAUGGUAGUUUAGUUAGGAUGGGUUUUCCAUCUCCUAAUGAAUUUCCACCAAGCGUCGGGUACUGAUCCGAAGUGCAGGUGCGUGGCACUGGCAUCAAAGGGCACCAGCCAGCGCAGACCAAAUCAGGGUACGGAGCCGAAACCCUGAACUGUGCUCUGGUGCUUCCCAGCAGUGUCAGUGCGUGGCGCUGGGUCCAUUUGCUUGUCCUCCUACCACUAGAAUUUGCACCUGGGGGGCUUCCAGAGGGCACAGCAUGGAGCUGGGGGCUAUGCAGGGUGCAGUGUGGCAAGGAUCGCCCCAUCCCAGCAUGGAGCUGGUGCUCCUCUCUGCUUUGACACGGGAGCACGGCCGUAGCACCUCGAGGCAGCUCUCAGGUGCAAGUUCAGAUGAGCGCGUGAAAAUGUCCUGUCAGAUGCAGCACAAGAAUGUUAAUGCUGUCUUGCCACCGUGCUGUAAUAAAGCCACACACAGCAAGCUUAAUGUGCAGCCGGCCUGGGAAAUUGUACAAAACUUAGAGAGUCUGGUGUGAAUGACAGCAAUGGAAAAAAUGUUGAAUGUGCCACUGUUUGCCUUCUUGUUUUGCUUUGAUCUGAAGCAAAAUGAAAAUAUCUGCUUCCUUCGUUCGUUCGUUCGUUCCUUCCUUCCUUCCUUCCUUCCUUCCUUCCUCAUUUUGUAUAGGUGCUCUUCCUCUGCAAAAUUGGUUAGCAAGUGAGGGAAGAAGGGAUGAAAAUGAAGAACGUGGCACAGAGCAUGGUUAUUUGAAGCAUGUUGGUGUCAGCCUGCUGGGGAGUUUUAUUAUCCCAAGUAUCAGCAAACAACUUACACUUGAAAUCAUUUGUUUCCUUUUUCAGUCCCUUUUAGUAUCAGGAUCCAGCAGAAACAAAGAGUGCAGCCACCAAAGACGGGUGGUUCCCGCUGCAGGUGUGGCCUGAGGCUGCCUGCCUGCAGCCCCUGUCCUCAGGGCCUGGGAGCUGCCCCCUCCAAGCGGUGUGUUCAACACUGCGGCUGUCGGAGGGCUUUUCAUAAUGUGUUCUAUUUGCUGAAUCAACAGCUGUCAGGAGCAGUUGUAGGAAACCCACAAAAUGCACAAAGAAAAAUGCAUAACGCUUCCCAAAACAAAGCGCUUGAAAUGGACUGCCAGAAAGCUGCUGAAUUUUGAGUUUGCAAACAGGGCACCAAAGUGUUUCCUCUGCCCCCUGCCUCGAGACCUCUCAGCCCAGCUGCUGUGGCUCUGCUGAAAUUGCACCCGGGCUACCGCUGACCGACACCGCCGGCCUGUGUCGGAUGGUGUCCAGUGGAGUCAGCCCGAGCCUCCAUUGCUGUGCUUCACAGCAAAUAGCUCAGGCACCAAGAUCCGAGAAAGAAGCUAAGCCCGACAGCUGCAAAACCCCCAAGGAAACGAGGCUGUGCAAUAGCUGUCAAGGAGGAGCUGCGCUCCAGGUAGGCGCUGCCGGGGUUCCUGGGGCUGGCCCCGCUGCUGAUUUCAGCGGGCGCAGGGCGGAGGGCUGCCUGGGGCUGUGGGUCCGGCAGCUACAGGGCCAUUCUGCCUGUGUCCUCCCCGCGCUGUUUGUGAGUGCAGGGCAAUUAUACCUAUUGCUUGAUCCUAGUGCAGAUAGGAAACCUCUCCCUAACCAGACAAUGGAAUUACUGCAGAACAACAAAGGCUUAGAGAAGAUUCGUGCCUUCAGUGGUGUUGUUAUUGUUGUUGUGGAUAUUACUGCUAUUAUUACUACAACUAAUACCUUUGUUAAGUAAACAGACCUUACAGUUCCUCGCUCCUCAGGAUAAAGCGAGGAGUUUAAUUCGGAAUUCAUUGCUUGCAUAUGCGAUGUUGUAGGCAGCAAAUUAUUGCAUUCAAAAAUAAAACCGCCCCCUCUGAAAAUUCACAGCAAUUAAUUUACCUGUGGUGUUACUCUGCUGCACCAUCACAGCUGGGUGUUUUUGGACAUAGUGCGAGCGUCUGGGUGUGCUUGCUUGUCACCUGCCAAGUUUGGUCUUUGGGAGCAGGAGAAGAUGGGGCUGAGUGCUCCUGCUCCUGGCAGGGCAGUAGCUGUGCGGCAGCAUGGGCUGCAGGAGGGCGGCUGCAGCCUCCCACAGCGCGCACGGUGUGCCCAGCAUUCAUUCUCCUUUUUAGAGAUAGUUUUUGUGCAAAGGGAAGCGGCGGUCGGGUGCCUCUGACUCCUGGAGGAGGUGAAGUGCUGCUGCAUUUAGAGGAGAACAGUACCUCCUGACGGAUUGUUUGGAGGCCACAUUAUUUCGUAAUAAACGAUAAACUGUCCUGUGUUAAACGUGUGUUAUGCUAGAAAAAAUCAAUAAGGAAAAAUUAAAUUCUGAUAAAAAUGCUCUUGGAUCUCUGAAAACAACUGCUGUCCUUUUAACUAAAACAUUCGAGGAGCUUCAAAGUGAAUGUAUUUCUUCUGAUCUCGGAGCUGUGUGACUGGUACCAGGGAAAAAAUAUCUUAUUCUACAUACAAGUGGAUUGCUUAACAAGUCGGCGCAGACACAUACUUGUUUGUACAAUGGAGAUAAAAAUUCCUGUAUAAAAAUAAUUCAGCUGCUGACAGCAGGCAUUAUGCUGGGGCUGCCUCUUUGUGUUGGCCGGGGGUCAGGGACUGCGGCUCCCACUUUCUACGCGGGGUGGGCUGUCAACCGUCACUCGCCGGAUGCUGGAAAGAAGUUAAUUGCUUUAUUUUAAGGGAUAUUCGCAGCCCAGGCGUGUGCUUUUGCUGGUGCGUUCCGGCCCCGCGAAUGGUGGAAGGAGAACAAAACCCUCCUUGCGGCGGAAGGACGCAGGGCGCUGAGCUGAUGACCCCCGGCUGCCGGCGAGGGCUGCCCGAGCCCCCCGUCAUGCCGCAGCCGCUGCCCUGUGCCACGCUUGGGCGUGCGGCUCCAUUGUGCCACCUUCCAGGGCGGAAAGUUUUUGGAACUGAUGCCUCCGACUUGGGUAAAGAAGAGCCCAGCAGCUACACGUGCACGACUUGCAAACAACCUUUCAACAGCGCCUGGUUCCUCUUGCAGCACGCACAGAACACGCACGGCUUACGGAUCUACCUAGAAAGCGAGCAUGGCAGCCCCCUGACACCACGGGUUGGUAUCCCAUCAGGACUAGGUGCAGAGUGCCCUUCCCAGCCACCUCUCCAUGGGAUUCACAUUGCAGACAAUAACCCUUUUAACCUGCUCAGAAUACCCGGCUCGGUCUCGAGAGAGGCGUCGGGGCUGGGAGAAGGGCGAUUCCCACCCACGCCGCCCCUCUUUAGCCCUCCCCCGAGGCACCAUUUGGAUCCGCAUCGCAUAGAGCGCCUGGGUGCCGAAGAAAUGGCUCUGGCCACCCAUCACCCUAGUGCCUUUGACAGGGUGCUGCGACUGAACCCCAUGGCGAUGGAGCCCCCUGCUAUGGAUUUCUCCCGGAGGCUGCGGGAGCUGGCCGGCAACACGUCCAGUCCGCCCCUGUCCCCGAGCAGGCCCAGCCCUAUGCAAAGGCUGCUGCAGCCCUUCCAGCCUGGCAGCAAACCCCCGUUCCUGGCCACACCACCUCUUCCUCCUCUGCAGUCCGCUCCUCCUCCCUCCCAGCCACCAAUGAAGUCCAAGUCCUGCGAGUUCUGUGGGAAGACCUUCAAGUUCCAGAGCAACUUGGUGGUCCACCGCAGGAGCCACACUGGGGAGAAGCCCUACAAGUGCAACCUGUGUGACCACGCCUGCACUCAGGCCAGCAAGCUGAAGCGCCACAUGAAGACACACAUGCACAAGUCAUCACCCAUGACAGUGAAGUCAGAUGAUGGGCUCUCCACUGCCAGCUCCCCUGAGCCAGGCACCAGCGACCUGGUUGGCAGUGCCAGCAGUGCCCUCAAGUCAGUGGUGGCCAAGUUCAAGAGUGAGAAUGACCCCAACAUGAUCCCCGAGAAUGGAGAUGAGGAGGAAGAGGAAGAGGAGGAAGAGGAGGAAGAAGAGGAGGAGGAAGAAGAGGAGGACUUGACCGAGAAUGAGAGGCCAGAUUAUGGCUUCGGGAUGAACCUGGAGGCAGCCCACCACCACGAAAACAACUCACGGGCUGGAGAGGAGAGCCGGUCAAUGCCAGAUGUCAUGCAAGGUAUGGUUCUCAGCUCCAUGCAGCACUUCAGCGAGGCCUUCCACCAGGUGCUGGGGGAGAAGCACAAACGGGGCCACCUCUCUGAGGCCGAGGUACACAGGGACACUUGCGAUGAAGACUCGGUGGCUGGUGAGUCCGACCGCAUUGACGACGGUGCGGUCAACGGCCGGGGCUGCUCCCCUGGGGAGUCUGCCUCAGGCGGCCUGUCCAAAAAGCUGCUGCUAGGUAGUCCCAGCUCCCUGAGCCCCUUCUCCAAACGCAUCAAGCUGGAGAAGGAGUUCGAUCUACCCGCCACCGCCAUGCCCAACACCGAAAAUGUUUACUCACAGUGGCUGGCUGGCUAUGCUGCCUCGCGGCAGCUGAAGGACCCCUUCCUCAGCUUCGGUGACUCCCGACAAUCGCCCUUCGCCUCCUCCUCUGAGCACUCGUCAGAGAAUGGCAGCCUGCGCUUCUCCACGCCGCCGGGAGAGCUGGAUGGUGGCAUCUCGGGCCGAAGCGGCACGGGAAGUGGAGGGAGCACCCCGCAUAUUAGUGGCCCGGGCCCUGGCAGGCCCAGCUCAAAAGAGGGCAGACGCAGCGACACUUGUGAGUACUGUGGGAAAGUCUUCAAGAACUGUAGUAAUCUCACUGUCCACAGACGGAGCCACACGGGCGAGCGGCCCUAUAAGUGUGAGCUUUGCAACUACGCCUGCGCCCAGAGUAGCAAGCUCACCCGGCACAUGAAAACACAUGGUCAGGUGGGAAAGGACGUUUACAAAUGCGAGAUUUGUAAGAUGCCUUUUAGCGUGUACAGUACCCUGGAGAAACACAUGAAAAAAUGGCACAGUGAUCGAGUCUUGAAUAAUGAGAUAAAAACUGAAUAGAGGUAUAUUAAUACUCCCUGUCCCCGCCCCGGCUCCCUGUAGAGGUUUUUUAGUCCCUUGUGAUUAAACUAAUGGAAGCUAAGGAAAUUUGGAAAGUGCUUGUCACCAGCACACCUGUUUAUUUUCUUUUUGUUCUCACCGUUUGAAUGCAUGAUCUGUAUCGGGGCAAUACUAUUGCAUUUUACGCAAACUUUGAGCCUUUCUCUUGUGCAAUAAUUUACAUGUUGUGUAUGUUUUUGUUUUUGUUUUAUUUUUAUUUUGAAUUAGACAGCAUGUAUGGUAUGUUAUGGCUAUUUUUUAAAUUGUCCCUGAUUAGUUGCUGAGCAAACAUGUUGCUGUUUCCAGUUCCAUUUGGGAAAAAAAAAAAAAAAAAAAAAAAAAAAAAGAAAGAAAAGAGGAAAAAAAAAGAGGAAAAGAGAAAAUCGAAACAAAACAAAAACAAGAGCAAACAGAACCGACCAUGCUGCAUACAUCCUGUAAUACAUAUCAUGUACAGUUUUGUUUUGUGACGUGUGAAGGAAUGCGCGCUCUGGGUAACCCUCUACGGACAGGACCGAUAGCACUGAAGAGGCGUCACGUUAGCUAGAUUUCUGUCUUAAAAGAAUAAACGUGUCGAUUGGACAGAGUACCGCUUAGGAACAGGCAUUUACUUGAAGCCCAGCCCUCCGCCACCGGUAACUGAGAGGUAAAUUCCUAUUCUCAUUUGGUUUAAAACACAAAAUCUGAGUGCCUUGGAUCUCUUGCGAGCGAUGCUGACGACUCCUUUCUGCUCCCUCUGCACUCGUAGCUCAUCUCGGCGCUGAGCCCGCGUGAGGAGCGAGGACGUGGGGACGUGGGGACGUAUGAGGAGGAGCAGCCCCAGCCCCAGCCCCAGCCCCAGCCCCAGCCCUGACGGCGGCAGCCCCCCUCCGCCUGCUCUCUCCCAGUCCCGACCCUUCGUGCUGGUGUAGAGACUGCCUCGCUCCUGGAGCGUGCAAAGAGAUAGGAGCUCCCUGCCCCACUCUUGUACCCCCCCAUACUGAUGGUUAAAUAGAAUGUGAAAUGCGCAGAGCCCUCCACCAUGGUUAAACACACAAGUAAGGAAAUUCGUUUUAUGAAGAUAUUUACUUUUAAUAAUAUCUUUUAUUGAUUCUGGCACAAAAACAAAUAAAUCCCGAGCCACUCGGUUGUCAAGCUGACAAUUGAAUUAUAAACUUUAAGACCUCAUGUACCAUGUAAAAAAAAUAAAGAAGACUGGCAAUAAUAUUUCACCGAGUGUAACAGAUAGAGGAGUGAAAAAUAAUUGUGAUUUAUCAGCACAACGUGGUACUGUUUGCCAUAUAAUCUAGAGCAGGUGUAUAAGCUAAUAUUGAUAUGAUGGUGAUUAACUAUGAACUAUUAAGUCUUGCCUAUAAUGUGACGCUCUGGAGAAGUAACGGAGAAUUAAAAAAAGAGAGAGAAAAAAGAUAAAGAGUAGCAGUGUAUGUCUGUGCUCCCUAAAGUUGUACUUCAUUUUUUUUCAUGCUCUUUGUGCUCUUUGUGUUGACAUGAAAGAGGAUUCGUUGUGUUCUCACUAAGCUAGCACCUGCCCCGUUGGUAUUCAGAUAGCACUUGACUCUGCCUGUGAUGGCUGUAUCUUUCCUCUAAUCAAAGGUACAGAGGUUGAGUAUAAAAUAAGACUGCUCAGAUAGGACAAUUAAAUGCACUGUACAAUUUUCCCUGUUUACAGGUCUAUACUUAAAGGGAAAAGUUGCAAGAAUGCUGAAAAAAAAAAUAACAAACAGAAAAUUGAACACAAUCUCAUUGAUAAACAUAAAAAAAAAAACCUAAAAAGAACCCAACCCAACAAGCAUUGCCAGCCAUGUACUUGAGUAACGAGCUUAUCUCCUUGGACGCAACACUGCAGCGCUGUGAAUGGAUACAGACUCUACACUCACAUAACAGAAACGAUCUCUUUCGCUCCUACAGUGCGAAGAUUUUUUUUGUACAAAACUUUUUUAAAUAUAAAUGUUAAGAAUUUUUUUUAAAAAGGAAAAAAAAAACAACCCCAACACUUCAUUAUGUUUAGGGGGAAACUGUAUUUUAGGGUUUAUUGUCUUGGUGGUGUACCAGACUUGUUACUCAUUUAAAAUGGUAGUGGAGAUUCUAUGCCUUUGAUAUACACAGCUCUUCAGGUUGUACAAAACAUGCAUCGGGGAAAGGUUUAAGAUU